CCACACAGUGAUAAAGACAUCACCUCACAGAAUGGGGAAGAUACAGGUCUCUUCGUCCCCCGUUCCUUCCACAACGUGGCUUGCAAUCCUGCAAUCAUAAGAGAAGCUUUCCACACACCAUGGCACCUAUCGCGCAAGCUGUAACUGUGUCCUUGCAGGACCUCAAGGACGGAACCGUGUCUUUUGAGGCACUCCGCGAAGCCUUCGGACCCGACUCACUGGGGAUUCUGGUCGUGAAAGAUGUGCCUCCUGAAUUUCCCCUGCUUCGACGUCAUGUUUUGUCGUACGCAUCUUACCUCGGAAAUCUGCCCAAGUCGCAGCUCGACAAACUCGAAAAUGAAAAGGCAAAGUAUCUAACUGGGUGGUCGCUCGGCAAGGAGACGCUCAAGAACGGCCAGGUUGACACGCUGAAGGGCUCCUUCUACGCAAACUGUGCCUUCUAUGUCAACCCAGAACUGUCCUGCGCCGUCCCUACCGAGCAAUUCAAUGCCGAGAACUUUCCCGAGUAUCUCUCGCCAAACAUCUGGCCCGAGGAAACCGAUCUCCCCGGGUUCAAAGCCUGUUUCGCGCAGCUCUGCCGUCUGAUCAUCGACGUCGCUGUGCUUGUGGCUCGGGCCUGCGAUAGGUAUGCCGAGAAGGAGAUUGCCGGCUACCCAAAAGGCUACCUGGAGAGGGUUGUGAGCACCUCACCCACCACAAAGGCCCGGCUACUGCACUACUUCCCCGAGGAUCCCGCGACCGCGCCUCCCAUGUCGGCGCUUCCGAUUGAGGUCUCGACGGGCACCGAUGAGGAACGGGUUGAGGACGACUGGUGCGCAACCCAUCUGGACCACGGCUGCCUGACGGGCUUGACCUCGGCCAUGUUCGUCGACGAAGCCAAAGCGGACCCGACGUGCGCCGCCCCCGAGAUCGAAGGGGCUGCGAAUGGCCAACAGGCUCUGGCGCCGCUACCCGAGCUCGAGGCGUCGCCCGACCCGGCCGCGGGGCUCUACAUCAAGUCGCGGACCGGCCAGACGGUGCACGUCAAAAUCCCGCGCGACUGCAUCGCCUUCCAGACGGGCGAGUCCCUGGAGCGCAUCACGGGCGGCAAGUUCAAGGCGGUGCCGCACUUUGUACGCGGCGCCCGCGCCGCCAUGAGCGACGGCCGCAUCGCACGCAACACGCUGGCCGUCUUCACGCAGCCGAAUCUGGGCGAGGAGGUGGAUAUGGAGCAGCACAUCACUUUUGGCGAAUUUGCAAGAGGCAUUGUUGCUAAGAAUACCGUUUCUUGAUGGUUUGAGGCCACGGAUUCACAAGGAAGUCUUAAAUUCAUCGUUGAGAAGGCGAGGUAUGUACGGAGCAGGAUGCUAUGUACAUACACUCUUCUUUGUAAUUACGUACGGAAAAAAUUGUAUGUAAAAGUUACAGCGCGGCUGGC